AUGGUCAAAUCUACAGUGAGUAAUUCAAACUAUACUUGUCAUUUGGACACAGCCAUUAAACCUGGUCAGUGUCAUUUGAACAUAUGUACUGAGUCAGCAGAUGGAAGAUACGCUCAAAUGCUGUUUAAGAACUUAUUUGAAGAUUAUACAGAUGCACUCAGGCCUGUAGAAGAUACAGAUCUAGCACUAAAUGUCACUUUGAAAGUCACCCUUUCACAAAUUAAAGAUAUGGAUGAAAGGAACCAAAUUCUGACUGCUUACCUUUGGAUUCGACAAAUCUGGUUUGAUGCUUUCCUCAAGUGGGAUCGGGAUAAAUACGAUGGACUUGAUGCUAUUCGAAUACCUAGUAGUUCUGUAUGGAGACCUGACAUUGUUCUGUAUAACAAAGCUGAUGAUGAAUCUAUUGGAUCCAUGGAGACUAAUGUGGUCUUAAGAUACGAUGGGCAGAUUACGUGGGAUUCACCCGCAAUUACCAAGAGCUCGUGUGUCGUAGAUGUGGCCUACUUCCCAUUUGAUGAUCAGAGAUGUAACCUUACUUUUGGCUCGUGGACCUACAAUGGAAACCAGGUUGAUAUCAUAAAUGGACUUGAUAGUGGAGACCUGACUGAUUUUGUGGAGAAUGUGGAAUGGGAAGUACAUGGAAUGCCAGCAACAAAAAAUGUGAUAACAUAUGGCUGUUGUUCAGACCCCUACCCAGAUGUCACAUACACCUUAAUUCUCAAAAGGAGAUCUUCCUUUUACAUUUUUAACUUGUUGAUCCCAUGUGUAAUGAUUUCAUUCCUGGCUCCAUUAGGGUUUUACCUACCAGCUGACUCUGGAGAGAAGGUGUCACUUGGUGUGACUGUUCUGCUGGCACUGACUGUGUUUCAGCUGAUGGUUGCAGAAAGCAUGCCUCCAUCUGAAAGUGUUCCAUUGAUUGGUAAAUACUACAUAGCAACAAUGACAAUGAUCACUGCCUCGACUGCACUGACAAUUUUCAUCAUGAAUAUCCAUCACUGUGGGCCAGAAGCCAAGCCAGUUCCAAAAUGGGCAAAGGUGGUCAUACUGCAGUACAUGUCAAAGAUAUUUUUUGUAUAUGACAUUGGUGAAACUUGCACAACGAUACAAAAGGAAGAUGAAAAAAAGAACUGUAAAAUGCAGUCGGAUAACUCCAAAACAAAUGUAAAACUUAAAAAAGAGAAAGAGUUAACAAUAAAGGACCAACUUUCUAAAAAUUACCAAUGUAACAAUACAAUGCCGAAGGAAGAUUCUGCACUUAAUGGACAUUAUGAAGGAAGCACAGGGAAUAGUUGUGCCAGUGAAGAGGAUCUGACCAUGUCCUCUUGUUUCUGUUACUUACAUAGAGGUAGGGUGGCAAGAAACAUUGAAUUUAUAGCAAAUUGUUUUAGAGAGCAAAAAGCAAACAAUGCAAAAUCUGCUGAGUGGAAGAAGGUGGCUAAAGUAAUGGAUCGUUUCUUCAUGUGGAUUUUCUUUAUCAUGGUAUUCUUUAUGAGUAUUUUGAUUGUUGGAAAGGCAACAUGA